CUAACCUCACUAACAGUCCACAUCAUGCGAAUCAUGCACUUUGAGUGUGCUUCAUGAAACAUGUUUGCUGUAACAUCUCCGUGGCUCUGCUGGACUUUACUGUCUGUCUCCCUCGUGGGGUUUACCUGUGCAGCAGGAUCAUUUGUAGUGAAUGUGACUCAGACCUCCUGUCAGGCAGAGGAGAACCACAACAUCACACUGGAGUGGACGUUCACAGUAGAAACAGGCAGAUCCCCCACAUAUCUAAUAAUUUACUGUGAACUGAUAAAACCUCAGAGGAUCUCAGUCCUGUAUCAUGUCCGUGAUGGUGCUGAAGUCUCAGAGUCUCAGGGUGAAAAGUUUUCAGGACGAGUUCAGAGUGACGAAGACGCCCUCAGAGAAGGACGAAUCAGACUCCAGCUGUGCAGACUCAGGACUGAGGACUCGGGUCGAUACAGAUGUGAAGUAAACACAGAUUAUGGCUUCAGCUCUGCGAGCUGUAGACUCAACGUCACUGCAGCUGCUGAUCAGAGAUCAACUUCACCACCACAAGAAGAGAGAAAGGACUGGAAGAUUAUUAUAAUUGUACUGGGACCAGGAACUGUAGCAUUAUUAUUAGCUCUGCUGAUGUGCACUUUACUUUGGACUGUGUUGAAAAAAAAGUUCCCAAACAUCUGCACAGCUGUAAAGUUUCAUAAAAUAACAGUGAAAAAGUCACAAAACAGAAAUGUUUCCUGCUCCUGAAGUCUGCUCUAAGAACAACAAGUUAUUUGUUAUAUAAAAAGAACUGUUUUGUCUUAAAUUAUGUUGAUGUUACUGCAGUAAUUAUUGAUCCUUCUGUUUCCAUCUGAAUGGUGUGCUCACUUCCUCUCUCCUCCUGCGACUUCAUUAGAAGCUCUGUUCACCUGCUUCAUGUAGCUGAGAACUUCACCCUCCUGAACAAAGAUUUACAUGUUAACAGCUGAGUGGGAGCUUUGUGUGAAACUAUUAAAUUAUGAAGUUUGUUUAGUCA